AUGGAUGCUGAAUUCAAUGGAACAUAUAUAACUCUUGGUGGCUAUGUAGGAUUGGACAAAUACAGAUAUCUUUACUUUAUCAGCUUGUUGACACUCUAUAUUCUUAUCCUCUGCACUAAUUGCACCAUUAUAUGUCUAAUCUGGAUUCACAGGAACCUUCAUGAGCCUAUGUACAUUUUCAUUGCAGCUUUGUCAUUCAACUCUGUUUUGUUUAGCACUGCUAUCUACCCCAAACUUUUCAUUGAUGUCUUAUCUCAAAAACAGACCAUUUCUUAUUCUGCUUGUAUGGUUCAGAGUUUUGUAUUUUAUUCUUUAGGUGGUUCAGACUUUUUCCUGUUGUCAGCCAUGGCUUAUGACAGGUAUGUGUCUAUCUGCAAACCUCUGAAAUAUCCAACUAUCAUGGGAAAAACAACAGUCACUGUCCUCUUGACCUUGGCCUGGAUUCUACCUGCAUGCCAGGUUGCAGUGGCAGUUGUAAUGAAUUCUAAACAAAAACUGUGCAAGUUUAUUUCAGGAGGAAUCUUUUGCAACAAGUCGACAACCAAGCUCCACUGUGUACACUCGACAUUUCAUACUGUUUAUGGUUUGUUAAUCAUGGUAAAUAUUAUUCUUGUUCCUGUGAUUUUCAUACUUUUUACAUAUGUGAAGAUAUUUGUAAUAACUUAUCACAGUUGUGUGAGAGUCCGAAAAAAAGCUGCAGAGACAUGUUUACCUCACCUGGUGGUUUUAAUCUGCUUCUCUUGUCUGUGUGUAUUUGAUGUCUUUACUGAUCAAAUGGAGUCAGAUCUUCCAAAAAGUGUACGUUUAGUAAUGACUUUACAAAUAGUUGUGUAUAAUCCUCUGUUCAAUCCAGUCAUAUAUGGAGUGAAAAUGAAAGAAAUUUCUAAACACAUCGGGAGAUUGUUAUGUCAGAUCAAACACAUGAAACAAAACAUUAGUAAAAAGUGA